CUCAGCGGUGCCCGGAGCGCGGGGGGCCGUUCUCUCGAGCGCCUCGCCUGCAGCCCCUCCCUGCCGCCUCCGCCGCGCUCCCGCCCCUCGGGCCGAGGCUGUCACCGCGCCUGCCGCCGGGCGCCGCCAGCAUGUUUGACAGGACGCGGCUGCCCUUCGUGGCGCUGGACGUGCUCUGCGUGCUGCUGGCUGGCUUACCCCUUGGUGUUCUAAACUUGGCCAAAAUAAAACCGUAUCAGAGAGGCUUUUUCUGUAAUGAUGACAGCAUCAAGUAUCCGUUCCAUGACAGUACCAUCACAUCCACUGUCCUCUACACAGUGGGGUUCACCCUGCCCAUUUUCUCUAUAAUCGUAGGAGAGACUCUCUCGGUCUUUUAUAAUAAUUUGCACUCAAAUUCGUUUGUCAGAAAUAACUACAUAGCCACUAUUUACAAAGGCAUUGGGACCUUCAUUUUUGGGGCAGCUGCUAGCCAGUCGUUGACAGACAUUGCCAAGUACUCCAUAGGUAGGCUGCGCCCGCACUUCAUUGCUGUGUGCCAGCCCGACUGGACACGGAUAAACUGCAGCCUGGGUUACAUCGAGAACUUCACUUGCCAUGGGGACAAAGCAAAAAUCAAUGAGGGAAGACUAUCAUUUUAUUCUGGCCAUUCUUCAUUCUCCAUGUACUGCUUGCUCUUCGUAGCACUUUAUCUUCAGGCAAGAAUGAAAGGAGACUGGGCAAGACUUGUACGUCCUACUUUACAGUUUGGUCUUAUUGCUGCAUCUAUCUAUGUGGGUCUCUCACGUGUUUCUGACUACAAGCAUCACUGGAGUGAUGUUUUAACCGGACUUAUCCAGGGCGCAGUGGUAGCUGUGCUCAUUGUUGUGUAUGUGUCAGACUUCUUCAAAGUGAGAGGAUGUACAUUUCAACCAAAAGAAGAUUCCCAUACAACCCUACAUGAGACUCCAACAAAUGGAAAUCACUUUGGCAGCAAUCAUCAACCAUGAAGAAUGACCCCUAUCACCUAUAUUGCUGAAUGAAAACAAUUUCACAAGUCUAACUCUGUAAUAUAAGUAAUUGCCUUUAAGGGACUGCUGCUGCUCUUGGAUGCUCACUUCACCUGUAUAUAAUAAUAUCUACCACAGUUAUUGUACAUCUAAACUUUAAAUUUCUGUUGGUUCAAGCUCUUGCUUAAAAGAAAGCUAUUACAAUUGUAAAUUUUUAUUGAAAACUGUAACAAGUUAUAUUACAUACACUGCUGUUUGUACAUGCCUUGUUGAAUCAACUGUGGUUUAAGUAAACACCAUUAAAAGGAAUUACUUGAUAUGGAAGCCACAUGUGACACUGAUGAAUUUGUUCCAUCAUGUCAGUAUAGUUUCUGGAAGACAUCUGCUGUUACAGGUAAAGGCUUGCAGCAAACACAAUAUCUCUCUUGAUUUUUGUAAUCCCUAUUAAGAAGGAAAAAAAAAUUAAUAUUGAAGAGUCUUAACUGCCACAACCACUAGUUAAAGAACAGUUAUAAGCAUGUUACAGGUUAUUAAAUGGAAGUCAUUUUACAUCCAUUUUUAGCCACCCUUUAAGUCAGACUUUGUAAUAAAGAUGUUAUCUGGAAAUACAACAGCAAUGGUGCUGUUUACCACGAUGUCAACAUGAGAAGUUUGCAUUACAAAACUAUUCACCUUCAGUCCUCACAAUCUGUGCAGUCCCUUCCCCCAUCACUUUUCCUUCUAAAAUUGCUUAAUGUACUGUGAAAGUGAAGUACAUACCCUCUGCAAACUUAUUUUCCAGUUCUGUGUUCCCAAUGGCUUUUGCAGCCUGGCACAUCUGCCGAAGCAGUUCUUCUAGACGCCUCAUGCAACGAAUUAUGCUACCUGUGUGAAAGAGCAAGGGACAACGUUGUGCCACAUCAUGUAACUGGUCCUGAAUUACUCAAAGUUAUCGUUCCUUCUACAACACUGGUCAAUUUAUCUAGAAGCCAAAUGUCUUAAACUUAGUUUCUGUUUGCACAGUAAAUUUCUUUGUGAGGCAUUUCCUUGAAGCUGUUUCCAAAUGCUUGUCCUUUCGACUGUGUCUUUACAUUCUCUAACUAAUAUCUAAUCAUACUACUUUCUGGGCUGUUGAGUAAUUCCUAGCUGACUUUUUCUUUCAAGAACUUGUUAAAACUUCCUCAAAUACCAUAGACCAUUAGGAGAUUCACAACUUAGCUGCUUCAAGAACUACCACAGGUUUAUUUUGGGGUUGUUUUUUAUAAGCCUUAGUUCUUUUGUUGGCAAAGGCAGUAAAAC